AUCGGGAGAAAUGGCGGCUUCUGGGGAGAGCGGGGCUUCGGGCGGAGGAGGCGGCACAGAGGAUGCGUUUAUGACCUUCUACAGUGAGGUGAAGCAAAUAGAAAAGAGAGAUUCAGUUUUAACAUCCAAAAAUCAGAUUGAGAGAAUGACCCGUCCUGGUUCCUCCUACUUCAACUUGAACCCCUUUGAGGUUCUUCAGAUAGAUCCUGAAGUGACAGAUGAAGAAAUAAAAAAGAGAUUUCGGCAGUUAUCUAUCUUGGUGCAUCCUGACAAAAAUCAAGAUGAUGCUGACCGAGCACAAAAGGCCUUUGAAGCUGUGGACAAAGCUUACAAGUUGCUACUGGAUCAGGAACAAAAGAAGAGGGCCCUGGAUGUAAUUCAGGCAGGAAAAGAAUACGUGGAACACACUGUAAAAGAGGGAAAAAAGCAAUUAAAGAAGGAAGGGAAACCUACAAACGUGGAAGAAGAUGAUCCUGAGCUGUUCAAACAGGCAGUAUACAAAAAGACCAUGAAGCUCUUUGCUGAACUGGAAAUUAAAAGAAAAGAAAGAGAAGCCAAAGAGAUGCAUGAAAGGAAGCGACAAAGGGAAGAAGAGAUUGAAGCCCAAGAAAAAGCCAAACGAGAGAGGGAGUGGCAGAAAAACUUUGAGGAAAGUCGAGAUGGUCGUGUGGAUAGCUGGCGAAAUUUCCAAGCAAACACAAAAGGCAAGAAAGAGAAGAAAAAUCGAACUUUCCUGAGACCACCAAAAGUAAAAAUGGAGCAGCGUGAGUGACCCCUUGGGGUCACAGUCACAGAAUCUUCCUCCAAAUGUCUCCCUCCCCUCCUGCUUUGAAGGACUCAUUCUUUCUCCCACCUCUACCCCAACAUAGAGCAGUAUUUGCUUUUAGUCCAUUUUGUUUCAAUACAGUUUAGUAUCAAAUCAGAGUAAUUUUUUUGUACAUUGAAAUGAGGGACUCAGUUUUAAAAAACAAAAGACCUUCCCCACUCCCUACCCUACAAGCAGCCAGGAUAGGAAGUUGCCACCUUGGUGCACCUUCUGUUCCCACAGCCUGUAGCUUAAUGUUUUGUACUUCACUGGAAUGGUGAUGGUUAGAAACUUUGUGUAUAGUUUAUGGAAAUCGUUCAGUUAAACACGUUGCUUAAAAUGGUGUUGCAGUGACUUCUGAGACCAGC